CCCAAGUGGAUUGUGAUUGGGCCGCUGACGGCUCAGAAAAACAGGUAACGCCAUAUUGUAAGUUCUCCGAGUCGAGCGCCGCAUUUCUGCAAAAAAAAUGACAAAAUAGCUUACUUUAUCAGCAGUAGGACGCUAAGAUGACUCACACUGGAACAAUGCAAGGGGCAGAUGUGGGGGAUUGCUCUGCUAAUCAGAGCGCUGAUAUCUGCCUUCGAAGUCGUUCAUGCUCUAGCGAAAGAGAUGGCCAAGUACGAGCUGUCAAAGCUGCUCUCCAGUCCAGGCUGGGGCCCUAUGAGCCUGUCCUGACCUACCUGCAGUCUGUCCUGGUCUGGGAAAAACCCUUUCAUUGUGUCCUUCUCUACAUUGUGAUCAACGUUGUGUUCUGGUUCUUCGCUCUGACCUCACUGCGCCUGAUAUUCCUGUUGGCAUCUGGCAUGGCUGUAUUCGUCUGUCUAGAUACCUGGAGAAAUAAGAUCUGGCCAGAGAUUAGAGUCAGAAAGCUGGAUGAAUCAGAAAAUGAGAGCUGGGGUCUGGUGCAUCCUGGCACCCUCAGUGUGCCUGAAUUGUGCCACCAUAUUGCUGAGGCCUGGGUCAGUGGAGUGGUUCUCAAAUCCAGUAUUGUGCAGUACAAGCGUCGAAAUCCUGGCACAUUUUGCAUCCUGACCUGUGGAGUGUUCAGCUGUUUGGCUAUCAUUGGACGCUACAUUCCUGGAUUAGUGCUCUCCUACUCUGCUUUGUUAGCUACUCUCCUGACUCCUCUGGCAGCCUAUCACAAGGUUUUCCAGCAUCUUGGCUUCAAGCUGGAUCCAGUCCUGCAGCGGCUGGACUUCAGCGUUCGUGGAUACAUGAUGUCAAAGCCCAUUGAUAAUCAGUUCCUACGAAGACCUCUACAUGGUGCAGCUUCGGGUGAAGCCAGUGACAGUGAGGAGGAGUUGGCUGCUUUUUGCCCAACAUUUGAUGAUGCUGUUGUUGCGAGGGCGCUUGCACUGACCGACUCCGAGCAUUCUGAUGCUGAGGUUUCUUAUACUGACAAUGGAACAUUUAACCUGUCACGUGGCCAGACCCCACUGACUGAAGGCUCUGAGGAUUUUGACAGGCAUAGUGAUGCUGAAGAAUCCUUUGCCCAGGACCUCCCAGACUUCCCCUCCAUAAACCCUGAUGCCACUCUGAUGGAUGAUGAUGAUGACACGAGCAUUGGACUGCCUAGCCUGGGUCCGUCUGGGCUAGCUAGCCACCGGGCUUCAGUGCUGGAUGUGGAUGCUCAUCUUGACUCAGACCAAGAGGAUCUAGAUGCUGAACUUUCUCUUAGCAGCCUGCCACUUGCCUCUAAUAUCACUGGAGACUUGGCUGGAGUCAUUGCCAGCAACAUGAUCCAGGCAGCAAUAGCCGGGGCGCUGCAACCUCGGCCUCCUGCUGCCCAACGCAGAGAAGGUCCCCCCAGGGCCGGGGCCCACCGAAGUUAUCGCAAGCAGUCCAGCUCUGAGCUAGACACAGACUUGGAUGGAGAAGACUUUGAAAUGCUGGAUCAGUCUGAACUAAACCAGUUGGAUCCCUUCGGUGAAGGUGCAGGUUCUAGACGUGGAGAGAGCCAGGGGUCUAACUUUUUGUCUAGCCUGCUUGGUAAACCACAGUAAGGGGUGUGUGUGUGUGUCUGUGUGUGCACAGCUUGAAUGCGUAUUGAUAAAGUAUGAGAAUGUGUGUGGGAGACUAUUUUAGGUUCCAGCACCCCUGCUCCUGAUUAGCAUCAGUUUAUCACUGUGAAGUAUUUCAUAUUUUCUAUCUUUUCAGACUCUCUUUGCUGUAGUUUGAAAUCUUGAUCAUCCAGAAAACUUUUACUUCGUAGGCUGAGCAAUAGAUAACACAAUAACAUACAUAAAACACAUUCAAACAUUAAAUAAACCAGCAUUAUUGAGCCUUUUUGCAGUCUUGUAACUUUACACACCACUCAGUUACAAGGUACAAGUACUUGUUGACUUCAAAUGAAAGCCAGAGGCCAUCAGAUCUUUUCUACACCGAGGUCUAGACAUACAGGGCUAUUAACACAGGACCAAAUGUGACAUUCCUCUUGGUUGAGCUGAGCCAUGUUUUAGUACUGAUAUUGUGCAACAGCCUUUUAUAUAAAAGCUUAUUUAGGCAUUGCAGUAUUCGGAUGUAUCAGCCCUUCAGUAAGUAGUAGCUCAUGUUCAUGUUGAUACUCUGCUGUCUUAACACGAUAUGAUGGAAGAGGAUUAAUUUGAUGGUGCACCAUCGAAUUCAUUUAGAGAUUCAUUUAGACAAUUUAAACAGUUGAUAGCAGUUGCGUAUUUAGACUGUGAUUGUGUUCUUCAAUGAAGGUGAAUGAUAUCUGGAUAAAGUUCAACAUUUUCUAUUUCCCUUUUCUCUUGACUAACAUGAACGCAUUCUAAGUUUAUUUUGUCACAAUAGUCUUAUGUGGCCCAGAGUAACUCUGAUUGUUACAUUUGUGUUAAUGAAUUUGUUCCUCACAGCAGAACAUGCUUCUUUUUCGCGUGUGAGUAAUUUCUGAAUUUUUUUUCCAUUUUCCUGCCCUUUAAUAUGGCUCAAUUACCUUGUGUGCAUGUUAAAUACCUGGAAUGAGCCCUCGGGUUUGUGUGCGAUUCAGUUUUUUGUUUGUUUUAGUUUUUUUAAAGAAAAAAUUUAAAAUAGUCUCUUUAUGUCUUACCACUCUUGUAUUCUGUCUGCUUGACCUUCAAACUGACCUUUUUUUUUUUUUUUUUUUUUUAAGACAGAAAAUUAUAUUCUCAAGGCUCUUUUACAAUCUUAAUAGGCGACCUUGUUUACAUCAAGUUUGGAUAGGAAGUUAACCUCAUGUCUUUUUUAAGUGUUAUUUUAUAGUGGCUUUUGCUGGUCAGCCUGAUUUCCUAUACAUGGACAAAUCAUGUCUGUAUAGCGUUUUAGAGUGGAAAUGGCACUUGAAAUUUCCAUGAGCCACAAGUGAGAUUUACUGAAAUGCACACAUGAAAAGUUAAAAUGCUGGUUGUUUAAUAGAGGAAAAAAACAUCACUGUUUUCAAUUGUUAUUUUGAGAAGAAAAUCAUAGCUGCAAUUUCAGCACAGUAUGGAAAAAAAAUCUGCUGGAUUCAGAAUUUAAAUAGAAAAAUGCAAACUGAUGGGAAAUUGCAGAAAAUAAAUAUUACUAAAUUAGUUGGACUUGGUUUGACCAUAUCAGUUAACAAGAAUGUUUCUGUAGGCUGUUCUAUGAGAAGUCCUCAUUAUGAGUGAUUUGUAGGCUGUUUGUAAUGUAAUGUGCAUAGUAGUGUAUUUUCUUCUCUGUAACUGGUUUUGAUAUGUUUUGAUGUGCAAAUCAUAUUAAAUAAAAUGUUUGCAAUUAA